GUUCACAUGUAAAUACCGGGGGGCGCGUCUGUAGAGGAAAGCGGGUUUCAAUUUCAAACCUAAAUAGUCCGGAGGGCGAGCGAGCGUUCACACUAAAUUGUUGGUAUACCGCGCUACGUUGUAGAAAUUUAUUAAGAGCAGAAUCGGUUCUUUUAUUAUUUUUGGCUGUGGUUUGAUUUCGUAGCUCUCAAUCCAAAGGCGAAGACGUAAAAAAAAAAAAAAAAAUCGUCCGCUGCGUCUUCGCUCCAAAUUUUCCGCGCCUGGUUUGUUUGUUUGGAUGUCGGGUCGACGCUGGGCUUUGGUUUUUGUCGCAGAAGGCGUCCACGAGAGCUUCUAAUCAGCAAAAACUACAAUAGUACCCUUUUUUUUUAAUUCAAACACAUCUCUGAUAUUCAACCAGAAUCAUGCCGAGGUCCAACAGGCAAAAGGAAUACACACCUGGAGACCUGGUGUUUGCUAAAAUGAAGGGAUAUCCACACUGGCCUGCGAGGAUCGACGAGUUACCUGAAGGGGCCGUGAAGUCGCCUUCAAACAAGUACCAAGUGUUCUUUUUCGGGACACACGAGACGGCUUUCCUCGGGGCCAAGGAUCUCUUCCCAUAUGAGGAAUGCAAGGAUAAGUUCGGGAAACCCAACAAGAGGAAAGGCUUUGCUGACGGACUCUGGGAAAUCGAGAACAACCCCACUGUCACCCAUGAAGGAUACGAGUCGGCGAAGAAGGACAACUCAUCAGAAACUGCUGGAGACACGGGCAGCUCGGAGAAAGCCAAUGCCGAGGGCAGCAGUGACGAAGAUGAAGGGACUCUGGUCAUCGACGAGAAGAACGAGAGGGGAGGGACUAAACGAAAAGUAGAUGAGUCCGCAGAGGAGUCUUCCAAGCGGCCAAAGGAGACCGAGGCAGAAGGGGACAAGACCAACACGGAGGCCAAGCUUAAUGAUGUGGAUAAAACCAAGGCAACGUCGCCUUCCUCACAGAGCGACUCGAAACCAGAAGGCCAGGAGAGCGCUCCAGCAGAGGGCCAGCUAACGGCAGAAAAGCCUGUGACAGACAGCGCUUAACACCGACUCAGAAGAAAACCAACAACCCUCAAUGCUUUUCUCUGGAGUUCAGGCAUCGACAUAAAUACUUGUAGGGUGCCAGAUUUCAGCUGUCUAAUUAAUGAGCGAAUUAUGAGAGAGAGAGAUAAAAAACAAUUAAAAAAUACAUCUUUGUAUUGAAAGACAAACAAACUUCCAUUUACCACUUUUGGGAUAUUGUAUAUCCCAAAAUAAAA